UUUCUUUCUUUUUCUCUCUCUAAAAAAACUCCGCUCCUAUAUUACCUGAAUAUCAAUUGUAUAAAUUGACCCCUUCCUUCACUUUUCUCUCUCUAGAAACCACCCGGUUCUCUUGUUUUCCGGCCAUCGAAAUGGGCGCAAACGCUUCUUCUCUGCCGGGGGAGGCCGACGGGCCGAGCCCGAGGGCCAAACUGGAAGAUAUACCGGAGUCAUGUAUGGCUUUGGUGCUAUCCUACUUGGACCCGCCGGAGAUCGCCAAGCUGGCCCGACUCAACCGGGCUUUCAGGGCGGCGUCCUCGGCGGACUUUAUCUGGGUUCCUAAAUUGCCCUCCAACUAUCGCUAUAUUCUCGACAAAUUUCCUGAUCGAGCUCUUGGGGACAAGGGCAAGAAGGAUAUCUAUGCGGGCUUAUGUAGGCCUAAUCCUUUUGAUGGUGGAACAAAGGAAGUUUGGAUUGAUAAGAGAACAGGAGGGGUUUGUUUGGCAAUUUCUUCAAAGGCGAUGGCCAUUACCGGAAUUGAUGAUCGGCGGUAUUGGAAUCACAUUACAACUGGUGAAUCUAGAUUUCAAACAGUGGCAUACCUACACCAAAUCUGGUGGCUUGAAGUAGAUGGCGACCUUGAGUUCCAAUUUCCCAGAGGAACUUAUAGCCUGUUCUUCAGACUUCAGCUUGGAAGGGUGGGCAAGAGAUUGGGCCGUCGAGUAUGUAAUUCUGAGAAUGUGCAUGGCUGGGACAUUAAACCUGUGCAAUUUCAGUUGACGACGUUGGACGGGCAGCAUGCAGUUUCCCGCUGCAUGUUGGAUAAUUUAGGAAACUGGGUACACUUCCAUGUGGGAGAUUUUACUGUGGAGUAUUCGGAAGAAUUGACCAAGAUCAAGUUUUCAUUGACUCAGAUUGAUUGUACUCAUACCAAAGGUGGUUUAUGUGUAGAUUCUGUAUUCAUAUGUCCAAGUAGUUUAGGAAAAGUGUUGUUUCCUGUAGAUGGUGAAGUGUGUAAAAAGUUAUAGGUUGCAGAUGACCGUAAGUGCUCGGUAGAUAUGAAGAGUUAUGAAGCAGAUAUUGCAUUUUGAGGAGCUGAGUGUCUUCAGCACCGGAGGCAAUCUGUAUUUUUGUUUGUCCCGGUUUCUUGCUUCCUGUUUUCUGGAAUCUGUUCCUUUUCUUGUCAUUUUUAGCAGCUAGAUGCUUGUUGUAUAUAAUUUCAGGAAUUAGUGCUAGUUCUGAGAGCAUUCAUGUGCC